AUGCAUUUCGAAUAUCCUCAACCUGGCGAACUUUUGACACCAACCAUCAACGAUGGUGGUGGCGUCAAUAGUAUCAAUCCCAUCUUAACAUCAAAUGAUUUAUUUUCAUUUGAUGAUAAUGAUGUUUGUUUUUCUUCAGUUUCAUCGAAGAAAAAUGAAUAUGAAUUACUAUCGAAAGACAAUAUAAAUGAAAAUAAUGAUAAUAAUGAACAUCAACAAUAUGACUUAUUUUCAACAUUUGAAUUUCCUGUUUUAAGUGAACUCGAUAAAACAGAAUUACAAAUGGAUCUUUUAGAAUUUGAUAAAUAUACUAGUCAAUCAUCGAUUCCAUGUUCUCAAAUAGAUGUUCUUAAUUCAUCAAUAUCUGAUGAUUCAAUAUUUCCAUGGAUUGGUGAAGAAUGUACAGUUGAAUCUGAAAAAACAGAUGAUAUGACUGUACCAUCAUCACCAUCAAUGUCAUCAGACAGUUUAUCUCCUGGAAUAGCAAGAAAAAAAUCAACAAAGAAAACAAGUUUAUCAGCAAUGGAACGUAAAUUAAAAAAGAAAGGUCAAAAUAAAACAGCAGCUGAAAAAUAUCGUAAAAAGAAACAAGCAGAACGAUCUGAAUUAAUGACUCGAUAUUCCAAUUUAAAAAGUCAUAAUCAAGAAUUGAAGUAUAAAUUCGAAAAUUUAACAUUUCGUCUUGAAAACUUCAAACAAUUAUUUGUUGAUGUACUUCAAAUACCAAUCCCAUCAAAGGAAUCAAAUUAA